GUGUCGCGUCGUGUCCGUACUCGAUCGCGAGCUCGACCCUCCGACGCGUACUCCGGACGCUACCCGCUAUCCUCGCGUGUCACGUGCAGCCAGCCAGGCGCGGUCAGCGUUCCGCGUGCGGGGUGCGAGUCGUAAUUUCUCUGCGGCGCCGACAGGAAAAGGAGCAUUGGAAGCGAGUCGAGGGAGCGAGCGACUUCGGGGGACUCUUUCGGACGAGUCUGAAGGAGGCGCGCCUCGAGGGCGAUUCUUGUCACCCAGAGUCAUUCUUGCCGUUUGAAAGACCGACGCGAUGGCGCGACAACAAACGGUAGACAGAAACAUCCCUCAUCUGCGGGAUAUUUUCGGCUUUGGCAGUAAAUGGGAGAACACACGCGGCCAGGCUGAGGAGAAGGCGCCCGGCCACGAUAGCGCCGUGUCGGUGGGCUCGACAUCGGGCGAGGAGGAGAGCCCGAAGAACAGCAAGAAGAAGAAGUCGCGCCGUCGCGACAACAGCAAGACGCUGACAGAGAGUGACGUGAAGCACCUAGAACGACACUUGUCCAUGAAGAAGACCAUACGUAAGAAGAUCAUGCGCGACCUGCAGCAGGCCUUCGUCGAGGACCCGAAUGAGUUCCGCGUGGACGAUAUCCCGCCGGAGCAGCUGAAGGCAGAGAUCAAUAUUCAGAGUCUGAGCUUCGGCACGCCGUCCCAGAAGCAGGGACGCACGCGUGGCAACGCUGAGAGCACGUUCCUCGACAUGCUGCGCGGCGGCAAUAGUCUGGAGAAAAAUGCGGACGGCGAUCGGGAUUCGGGACAUGGCGGAUCGCCGACCAGGGAGACGUCCAACGCCCAGGACACGGACGACGAGUCCAGCUACCCAGCAUACGAGGCACCACCCGCGACGCCCACGAAGAAGAGUGGCAACUUCUGGAGACGUUUCACCAUGAAGAGUCGCAACAAGCGAUAAAUACACGAAUUCAUUCAACUUGCGCGGGCGGCGGCCAGCGCAAAAAAGAAUAUCGAUACUUCAUCUCGUCUCCGUCAUCACGAUAACUCUUACCAGCGUAGCUAACGGAAGCAGAGCUUACAACUGUGAUAUACAUAAAACCAACUCCAUCUCCCUCUCCCGUCACAUCUCCGAGACAAAUCACUCUCGUUGAAUUUUAAGAGGUUCCCGAAAUCCAGCCGCACGGCACACGCACGAUCAAGAGGACCAAGAGGAUCGGGCCCGUCCGUUGGGUCACGAAACUGAACGUACAAAUUUCGGGCUUAAGCGCGCGAGCGGUUUUACACACGCUUCGGACAAAAUUCGCACACCUUUCCGGACCAGCGUCUUUUUAUCGUACAUGCUAUCACGACAUAUCACGAAUUAUCAAGGAGUUCGGAAGACAGAACUAAACGUAGACACACUUGCUUGAAUCGCACACUUGAUGUAAGAGUGUUCUUUCAAGUAAAAGAAAAUCGAGAAGAGGAAUUUCGAAAAAUUUUCUUUAACGAAGAAUCGUUGAAAAGAGGUACGUACUUAUCUUUACUUUGAAAACGUAUUAUACUUUGCUCUGCGCAUUUUCAAAGCCGAGUUCGAGAAGAUAGUUUUAAUUGCAUUUCUUUGUGUCUGUACUUAAAAUGAAAUUGUAUGAUAGAAACACAAUGCAUAGAAAGCGCAGCUAAGAUCGAGCGGAUCUAUUAAGUUUAGACACGCUUUUUAACGAUCGUCGAAUUAAUUGGCGCCGUGAUGUGCGCUCUUUCGAAAAAUUCGGGGAACUUCUUAAAACUCUCCGACUCGACACGUAACGAUCGAUGUGUGUGUGUGUGCCCGAUAGCAUAACACCCACUUCUGAUAAGUACUUAAAAGAAAAGAAAAAAGAGAAAAAAAAAGGAAAGACGAAACGGAGGCAGCGACACGGACACGUGCAUAGUAUUUAAGGAUAGUUAGUUUAAUUUCUUUUAAGAGAUGCGGAAGAGGCAGUUUUCGGUGAUCUGUAUUAAGCGUGAAAGAGAUACGCGUAAGUGUGCGUGCGCGCGCGCGCGUGCGUCGGUUAGUAUUAGCUAGUCAGCAACGCUAAGACAUGUAUACACCCGAGAGAUCCGAUCGAUUUUCUCAACAGCGAAAUCGAGUUUGAUAUAACUUUCCUGUAACGAACUCGAAAGUGAAGUAUUUUUUAGCCAUUUUUUACCAAUUUUCGGAAAUUUACAGUCUUAAAAUCGAUUGAGCGACACGUACAGACGGACGCAACAUACAUACAUAUAUUGCCUCGUCAUGCAUACACACGUACAUUUUUAACGUUAAACUAUUGGUGUUUACCGGAAUUCUAUUGUUCCUACUUCGUUCUUCGAGGUAAUCUCGCUAGUAUAGUAGACACACAUUGCGACAUCGAUAACGGUUCACACAUUCUCCACACUUAACCGUUCCCCUCUUCGCCGUCCCCUUCUCUACUAUGAUAAUAAACAAUUAUUAUUAUCCUUUUACUAUUAACUGCAACACACGCUAUAUUAGCUUUAAAUGUAAAUCAUACUCGAGAUCCACCUCAUGUAAGAGCAACAAUAUACUCGAAUAAAAAUCU